UUAAAAGUUCAAUGUGUUUGCGUAUCUGAGAAAAACCAAUUAUGCCCUAAAAACACGAAAACACGGAAACCUUCGACGCCCAAAUCUUCUCCCGUCUACCCCUUUCUCCUCCAUCUUCAAUAUCGCGUUCGCCUCCCUCCAUUCUGCAAAGCUGCCACCGCUCGCUCCCCCUCCACCUCCGGCAGCCUCGCCAGCCCCGCCUCCGCCAGCUUCUGCAGAAAGCAUGAAAUUGGUAGCUACGUAUCCAACACAUGGAAAGUUGGAAACAAUUCUCAUUCGGGCUUAACGACAUAAACACAAGUGAUGUCACCAUUCGUCUGAGAAACACCAAAGGAAGACCCGAAGUGUUCCAUUUGCAUUCAUCAAUCCUCAAAGAUAAAAGCAAAUAUUUUGCAGAUACACUUUCUGAUCCAAAUUGUGGUGAUUCUAUUGAUAUCUACUGCUUAGAUUCCAACUAUGAACACCAUGUUGACCUCUUGAAACGUCUCUAUCUUCCCAAAGAUUCUCUUUUAGAAUCAUGGAAUUCUGUCCACUCUGCUCUUGGUGUUCUUGAAUUAGCGACAGAGUUCAACUGUCACGAAAUCAUUGAAAGCUGUGUUCAGUAUUUAGAAGCUGUCCCAUGGGAAGAUAAAGAAGAAGAAUUAAUCUUGAAAGUAGUUCCUAAACUGGGUCCAUUAGCAAUGCCCGUAUUAGCUAGAGUUGACCCUGUUGACUUUUCCUCUACAAAAAACGUUUUCCUUUCUGCUAUCCGAUUUGCCACCUCAAUUGUUUCUCCAUCCGCUCCAUUUGGCGAUGAGUUGAAAACUUCAGCUCAAGAACAAUUGGAGUACAUGUUAGGCGAUGAUGAUGAAGAGAUCCCUUUAGUCAUAGCAGAUGAAGAAGUCAAAUCAGAGUCAACGAAAGGACUCAUGAACAUUUCUUCUUCAUUUGAAAAAGAGUUGUCUUGUUUACUUUCAGAGACCGAAUAUGAAGUUACAGAGAAGAAAGUAAUGCAGUCACUUUCAGAUCUUGGAUGGAUUUGCAACAUUCUUUCCAAAAUGGACCUCAUGAAAGAGUUUGUUGACCAAUGGAUUGACCUUUCAGAUAGAGUGAUUGGGGUUAUGGAGGACAAGAUAUUGAAAAAUGGAAUGUGGGAUUUGAAAUUGAAGAUUAUAGAGUUAACAGGGAAGGUUUUAGAUGCGGUUGGAUAUGGGAAUGUGAUCAUGCCAGCUGUACGUAGAGUGGAGUUAGUGAAAACAUGGCUUCCUUAUAUCAGAAAGAUGAAACCAGUUCUUGAUUCUAUUGGGGAUAAUGAGAGUGGAUUUCCUUACAAGAUGGAUGAUGAUUUGUGUCAAAGCAUUGAAGGGGCAAUUGUGGCAUUGUUAUCAGCACUUCCAUCGAAUGAUCAGGCUGAUAUUUUAGCAGACUGGAUGAGUGGGGAGCAAGAGCAAGUGAGGUAUCCUGAUUUGAGUGAAGCUUUUGAGAUUUGGUGUUAUAGGACUAAAUCUGCAAAAAGAAGAUUGGUGGAGGGGUUGGAUAGACUUGGUAAAAGUAAAACUACUGUGAGCUUGUGAUCACAAACUGAAACUGGUUGCUAUUGUGGUUGUAAGUUUAUAUCGAUAUGUUGAAAAGGUUACAGAAAGAUUUACUUGUUGAGUUGUUUGCAAUUUCUUGUUGCUAAUUGAAGCCUUUUUUAUCGAGUUCCUGGAUUGUUUCUUAUUAA